GGUGGUGUGACCUCCAUGGACGACUUCCUGAUGAAGUUCUUCCCAGCAGUGUACCAUAGAACAACAGACGGGUCAGCACAUGACAAAAAUCAGUAUUGCAAAUACGAUAACCAUUUGCUUACACUGUUCACAUCCUCCCUCUACCUCGCCGCACUAGUUGCUUCCUUCUUUGCCUCUGAGAUAACCCGUGUCUUCGGCCGCAAGGUGUCCAUGUUCUUGGGAGGCCUAUCCUUUCUUGUUGGAGCUAUCCUCAACGGCAUUGCCAUGAACAUCAUAGUGCUCAUCAUCGGCCGCAUCUUGCUCGGUGUUGGUGUGGGAUUUGCCAAUCAGGUAUAUAUACAUACAGACCAUCGAUAUGAGUUGAAUUAAUGUGCCUAUUAUAUUAAUGAAUAUUAUCUCAACCGACAUUAAUCACAUAUGUUCAAUGCAUGCAACUGCAGUCGGUUCCAGUCUACCUGUCCGAAAUGGCACCAGCAAAAAUCAGAGGAGCACUCAAUAUUGGGUUCCAAGUCGCGAUCACAAUCGGCAUUCUUGUCGCGAAUUUCGUCAACUACGGAACUGCAGAGAUCAAGGGUGGAUGGGGUUGGAGAGUUUCCUUGGCUCUGGCAGGGGUCCCUGCCCUGUUCAUGACCAUCGGAUCUAUCUUCCUUCCAGACACUCCCAAUUCCAUUAUUGAGCGAGGUCACCACGAGGAGGCCAAGCGUAUGUUGCAAAAGAUCCGUGGCACCGAAAUUGUCGACGCAGAGUUUGAGGACCUCAUUGCAGCAAGCGAAGCUGCCAAGAAAGUCCAACAACCGUGGAGGAACAUGUUCCUCCCAAGAUACAGACCUCAACUCGUCAUCUGCUCUCUCAUUCCAUUCUUCCAGCAAAUCACUGGCAUCAAUGUCAUCAUGUUCUAUGCUCCUGUUCUCUUCAAGACUUUGGGCUUCGGCGACAAGGCAUCCCUCAUGUCUGCAGCUAUAACUGGUGUCGUUAUUGUUGUUGGGACCUUUGUUUCUGUUGCUACGGUUGAUAAGUUCGGGAGGAAAGCUCUCUUCAUUGAAGGUGGCGUUCAGAUGAUCAUUUGCCAGGUAUCCGCCAGACAUCAUUGAUUGUAUCCUUCCUUCAUUCUUUCCCACCUAUAUAU